AUGAAUUUCGACGGUAAAGUAGUCAUCGUGACUGGAGCAGCCGACGGCAUAGGAGCUGUCACAGCCAAAGCAUUGGCUAAAGAAGGCGCCAAGGUAGCCCUGGUGGAUAAAAACGGAACAAAACUACAAGAAGUCGCCAAGAAAUGCGCACAGUACGGCAACAAACCUCUCAUCAUCACAGCAGAUGUCACUAAGGACGAAGAUGUUAGAACCAUAGUGAAAAACACCAUCGACUACUUCGGAAAGUUAGACGUGCUGGUCAAUAAUGCCGGAACUUUGAGGCAAUCCACCGUUUUAGAUGAAAAAUUUAUGGAAUUUUUCGAUAUUGUCAUGAAGACGGAUCUGCGCUCCACGAUUUAUUUGACACACCUCGCUGCUCCAUACCUGAUUAAGACUAAAGGUAACAUCGUCAAUGUUUCGGGCAUCUUCGGUUUCCGAGUCUUAAUGGAAAGUUUUAUGUCUCAUGCGGUUUCUAAAGCUGGUGUGAAUCACUUUACGCGCUGCGUUGCCAUGGAUCUGUCUCGACAUGGAGUGAGAGUGAAUGCUGUAGCUCCGGGAGCCACGGACACGAAUAUAUUGGGAAAUUCAGGGAUACCAAACGGAGAUGAGAUAAUGGAGGAAUGGAGGAAAGAAGGAACUGCGUUGAAAAAGUUAUGUGAGCCUGAAGAGAUAACAGAUAUCAUUCUGUUCCUGGCCAGUGACAAAGCCAGGAGCGUCACUGGAUCGGUAUACGUUGCUGAUAACGGAUCCCUCUUGAUGUAA